GUUGUGAGGGUAAAGGUUGUGAGCAUGGAGGUUGUGAGGGUUGAGGCUGUGAAUCUCCUGGAAAAACCUCAUUAGCUGCUGGGGUAACAAACACUCUUACAUAUUCAAUCCCAUCAUCAUCAACAUUCAAAACAGGGACCACUACAGCCACAGUAUAUGCCUGCUGGGCGAAAAGCUGCUUCUCAGCUUCUGCUUACCUCUGCCAUCCUUCUAUUCUUUUCCUCCAUUAGUCUAAUAUUUUCAGCCCUAUUCUUCAGACUUUUUUCCUAACUAGCUUCUGCAGACUGAAACACAAGAGAUGGUGUUUCUGUCUCUUCUAUAAACACUUCAAUUCCACUCCCACAUUUUUAACAUUGCCCCAUCAUCAACUAACUCUAACUUACGAUUUGUUCUAGGUUUACUCACAAACAGGGUGAAGUAUUUAGGGAGAUAUACGUUCUGUUUCACUGAAUCCUCAAACAUAUACUCAAUCAGCAACAUCAAAUUGGUCUUAUCAGUGUCAUCCGCCCUCACAUCAAAAGUACCCCUGGAGCACGAACUAACCACAUUGUACUCAUCCUAACAACAACAUUUACCAACAACACAUUACAUCACAAUCCAAACUAUAAAUCGCAUACAAAACAAAAACACAUCACUUUAGCAUAAUUCAAAUUUGCAUGCAACACAUCACACUUAAUUUUCAUAUAAUUCACAUUCGAAUUUCAUAGCAAGCAAACUGACACAGAUGAUCAUUUUCCACCAAACCCUAACCCUAACUCAAUUUUGCAAAAAAAAUACAAAAUCAGAAUUCGAAAUGCAAAUGGAUAAGGAUAGUAAUACCUUGCGUAUGCUUAAUCCAUCGAAUUACCGAACUUUGUGCAAAAUUCAGUCACGACCACCACGCUGCCUCACAAACCUGCAAUUCACUUCACACAAAUCGACACUUUGCAAAUUUUUGAUGGAUUUUAAGGGUUCCAGAUCAAUGAAGACGAAUAGAUAAUUUCUUGAAUGGUGAAGAAGAAAGAUGGGGUUCAAUUUUUUGAAGACAUACAUUGUGCUUGGAGAAGUCAACCCUAACAAUGGCGCCAGUUGAAUGCGUAAGGGCAUACUGGUGAGUUACAUACUUCCUGAGUUACUGUCUAAGUGUGGCCUAGGUGAGGAUAAUGUUGAGGCAGUUGAGUGGAAGAAACAGUGGAUUUGCACAAAGUUUCAGCACAGCCUCCUUAAAUCCUGCACUUCCAUGGCUUUUUGUGGGAUUAGGUAAUCCUGGAGACAAAUUUAAAGGCACUCGUCAUAAUGUUGGGUUUGAAUUGAUUGAUGCAUUUGCAGAUUACCUCAAAAUUUCGGUCAGCAAUGUCCAUUGUAAAGCUUUAUUUGGUCAAGGGUUUGUUGGAAACAUUCCAGUUUUCUUGGCAAAACCUCAGACUUACAUGAAUCUAAGCGGGGAAUCUACUGGUCCUUUGGCAGCAUAUUACAAACUUCCUCUAAAUCGGGUGAUGGUGUUCCACGAUGACAUGGGGUUGCCGUGCGGUGUACUUCGGCUUGAAGACAAAGGAGGUCAUGGCAGUCACAAUGGACUGAAGAGUGUAAUUGACAAAUUCAGAGGGAACAGAGAAUUCCCUCGACUUAGAAUUGGAAUUGGGAGGCCGCCUGGUCAAAUGGAUCCCAAAGCAUUCUUGCUCCAAAAGUUUAAUGCUUUGGCUAGAGAACGGAUUGAUGCCGCGUUGCAAGAGGGAGUUGAUGUGUUGAAGCAGAUGCCAUUGGAAGGAUUAGCAGAAUGUGCAAGAUGGUUCAACAGAGAACAAAAGUACAAGCAUAUAAGGCCACAGACAAGUUUUGUGUGUUAGAAAACAUCAAAAAUCAUCUGCUUUGUUAUCCUUUAAGCUUUGUAAAUUACUAAUUAGAUUAGUAUAUUGCUCUCUCUGUAUUUGCAUUGUAUAAAUAUUGUCAUGAGAAUCGGGUCUUGUCUCAAUAGGUGAAAGUAUUACUUUCCCGCUAGGUUCGAUUUCCAGUUAGCCCCUUUUCGCAGCCUACCCUAUUAUAAAAUAUAAUUGUUAUUUUCAUGAUUUUAUUAUAUAAUCUAGAUUAUUUAUUGCAUACA